AUGUUUAUAAUGGGGAAGCUUUCGUGUAUUGGGGACGGCAGUACUACUCAGAGUGGAAAUGAAAGAAAGAGGAGAAAAUAUGCAUAUAACUUCAGAAACAAGGAAAUUUGCAAGGGGUCCUUUUUGCUAGUUUACGGCGUCGGAUCUAUAUACAUAAAGAACAUAGUUUCCCACUUGAAUCAAAAUGGAUUUGUUCCACGGAUUCACAAGAACAAAAACAGACGGCCAAGUAAUGCAUUCAGCUUUGAAGAACUAAAGAAUGCCGUAGACUUUAUCCAGAACUACGCAGAAGAGUUUGGUCUUCCUCAACCCAAUGUAAAGAACCAAGGGAAUCCAUGUAUUUUUUUACCAUCAUCUGGUGACAAGUUUACACUGCAUUUCUCGUACGUAACUUCAUGUACAGAAACGAACAAACGACAUGUUGGUCUUACGACAUUCAAACUUCUUUGGAAGGACUGCUUACCACAUAUCAAGUACAUGACUCCUCGUUCAGAUAUUUGUCCAAAAUGUGAGGAGCACAGAGCAAAUAUCUCUUCAGCAGCUGGAUUACAGGAGAAACAGGAUCAUCUGCAAGAAUUUACAGAACAUUUGUCAAUGGUGGAAAAAGAGCAUCAGGUCUACAAUAAUGCUGUUACAAAGGCUAGGGAAGAAAUGGAGUCAUAUGAGAGGCCAACUGGACUCAUCCCCCCUUGUUCGACCAACCCUAGUCAUGUCCACUACACCUUCGACUUUUCCCAGGCUCUCUCCAUCCCCCACCAUGCGCGACAAGAAGGUCCUUUAUACUUCCUUACGCCUCGCAAAGUGCAAUUAUUUGGCGUUGCCGUAGAAGGCCAGUACCGGCAAAUGAAUUACCUCAUAGAUGAGAAUCAAGGGAUCGGGGAAAACGGAGCAGGAAUUAAAGGUGCCAACGGUGUUAUUUCAAUGCUCCACCACUGCCUCACAAACUACGGCUCAGGAGAAAAGGCUUGUGUGAUACACUGCGACAAUUGUGCAGGUGAGAACAAGAAUAGAUACGUGCUGGGAUAUCUGAUGUGGCGAACGCUUCUCGGCCUGCACAACGAAAUAAGGCUCUCCAUGCAGGUGCCAUACCAUGGACGAUGCCUCGUUGACGCUGGAUUUGCCAACAUUAAAAGGCUGUACCACAGGACAGAUGUGGACAGUUUUUCCAGUCUUGUUGAUGUUGUUAGAAAGAGUGCCAAAUCAAACGCUCCCGUGACUUACAUUAACAGCGAUGGAGAACGUAGCUGGGAGUGGUAUGACUGGAAAACCUUUACAAGCAGGUUCUUCACAUCAGUCAAAGGCAUCAGGAAAAUGCAUCACUUCAGAUUUUCCUCAUUAGCUCCGGGAAAACUGUUCGUCAAAUGUGAUGCUGAUGGUACUGAAAGGGAAAUCAGUCUUCUAAAGCCCAUAGUUCGCCCCGAAGAUCUAACAACAGGGACGGUGAUGCCAGAUAUUUUCCCUCCUGGCGGUAUGACCCCAGAGAGACAGGGGUACUUAUUUCGGAUGGUCCGCCCCUUCGUUCGGGAACCUCACAAGGACUCCACCUGUCCUAGUCUUGAGGAGUAA